AUGGCAACCAUCAUGCGCCGCCCGCAGACCCUCGGUCGGGCAUCGAGACAAUUACUGGACGCCGCAUCACUAUCACAGACUCUUGCACGCCGACCCGCGACAUUACCACGACCCCUCUAUGCGUAUGCACGAAGCCGACAGUAUGCAUCCAAGUCACGAGAGCCCCAAAAAUCGGAGGACGCAGAUGGAAAGAAGGUCGACUCGAAGAAGGGCUCUCCCGCCGCAGGUAUGGAGCACCUGUACUCCAAGAGCUCUCCGAUGUCAUCAGGACCACAGCCGCCAGGAAAGAAGCCCGAUUCGGAAGAAGAUGGUCCGUUGCCCGGUAGGGACAAGCUAUCGGCCAAGGAAGAGAAGGCCCUUGACGACGUUUUCGCGUUGGUAAAGAAGGGAAUGCCCGCGGGCAUGGCAAAGGAGAUCGACAAGGCUAUCGAGCGGAUAAAGAAAGAGGGCAUGCCGUUGGAGCUGCGGCAGACGAUCGAGGAGUCGGCGAAGGAAGGCAUGACUCCAGCGCGAGCGGCGAAGCUGUGGCGGUUGACAACAACGAUCGCACGACAGACGGUUGAACAGACAAUGAGCGAGAAACACAAGGACGCCGCACAACAGAAGACGGCUGAUGAACCGGGCCCGGCUGGACCAAAGAGGGACGGCGGAAAGAAGAAGGGCAAGGAGGAUGCUCCGGAGGGCCUCACUUUCAAAUUCGACCUUCAGAGCUUCCUGGUAUCUGCAUUCGUCUCGUACAUGCUCUACCGGCUUGUUGUACCUGGCGAGAACAGCAGAGAGAUUACAUGGCAGGAGUUCCGGAACACAUUCUUCGACAAGGGUCUUGUCGAGAAACUGGUUGUGGUCAACGGCAACCGCGUACGAGUACACCUCCACCGAGAGAGCGUCGCUGCCAUGUACCCGGACUCUCCCGCCGCGCAUCCAAACUUCUACUACUACUUCAGCAUCGGUUCUGUCGAAGCAUUUGAGCGACGAGUGGACGAGGCUCAGAACGAACUCGGCAUACCCAAUGUAGAGAGAAUACCGGUCUCAUAUCAAGAGGAGGGUCGCUGGAUGAACGCUGUCUUCGCUUUUGCCCCUACGCUUCUCUUUAUCGGAGUCAUCAUGUACGUGUCGAGAAGAGCAGCAGGCGGAGGUGGUGGGGGUUCGAGUGGGAUUUUCGGAAUGGGAAAGAGCAGAGCAAAGAAGUUCAACCACGAGUCAGAUGUCAAGGUCAAGUUCGCCGACGUCGCAGGCGCGGACGAGGCGAAGCUGGAGAUCAUGGAAUUCGUGAGCUUCUUGAAGGACCCUAGCGUCUACACCAAGCUCGGAGCCAAAAUCCCUCGAGGAGCAAUUCUUUCUGGACCUCCGGGAACUGGUAAGACACUACUGGCCAAGGCGACUGCCGGAGAGAGUGGAGUGCCCUUCUUCUCGGUAUCUGGUUCCGAAUUCGUGGAGAUGUUCGUCGGUGUUGGUCCCAGUCGUGUGCGAGACUUGUUUGCCAACGCGAGGAAGAACACACCGUGCAUCAUCUUCAUCGAUGAGAUUGAUGCCAUUGGUAAAGCUCGUUCAAAGUCCAACUUUGGUGGUGGCAACGACGAGCGUGAAAGCACCCUGAACCAGAUCUUGACGGAGAUGGAUGGAUUCAACACUUCGGAACAAGUCGUCGUUCUCGCCGGUACGAACAGAGCAGACGUGCUCGACAAAGCUCUCAUGCGUCCCGGUCGAUUCGACAGGCACAUCAGCAUUGACCGACCCACCAUGGAUGGCCGAAAGCAGAUCUUCGGCGUGCACUUGAAGAACAUUGUGACGAACGAAGAUGUUGAGUACAUCAAGGGUCGUCUUGCAGCACUGACGCCAGGCUUCGCUGGUGCCGACAUUGCCAACUGUGUCAACGAGGCCGCUCUCAUCGCUGCGCGUGGCAAAGCGGAGUCUGUCGCUAUGACACAUUUCGAGCAAGCCAUUGAGCGAGUCAUCGGUGGACUGGAGAAGAAGAGUUUGGUGCUCACGCCUGAGGAGAAAAAGACUGUCGCGUAUCACGAGGCUGGACACGCCAUCUGCGGAUGGUACUUCCAGUUUGCGGAUCCUCUUCUGAAGGUCAGCAUCAUUCCUCGCGGUCAAGGCGCGCUGGGUUACGCUCAGUACCUCCCGGGCGGUGGCAACGACGAGGUUCUCAUGAAUGUCAAGCAGCUCAUGGACCGCAUGGCCAUGACUCUUGGUGGACGUGUGAGCGAGGAGCUGCACUUUGACACCGUCACGAGCGGUGCCAGCAGCGACUUCAGCAAGGUCACCCGCAUGGCGAACGCCAUGGUCACCAAGUGGGGAAUGUCAAAUCUCGGAUACAUUUACUACCCCGACUCAUCCGAGAGCCAAGAAGCACAGCUCCAGAAGCCCUUCUCCGAGUCGACCGCACAAGCCAUUGACGCCGAAGUCAACCGCAUUGUGAACGAGGCCUACAAGCAAUGCCGACAGCUCCUUGAGGAGAAGAAGAAGGAAGUCGGCCUCGUUGCUGAGGAACUCCUCUCAUUGGAAGUCCUCUCCCGUGACGACAUGGUGCGACUAUUGGGACCUCGACCUUGGGCCGACCCGGGCGAGUUCUCCAAGUACUUUGGAGGCGGCCCACUCGGACCUCCCGUCGGUGGACAGGCUGCUGAGCCCGGCGCCAUCGACCCACCUCCGAGCAACGACAACCUCCCUCCUCCGCUUCGUGGACCUGGUGGCGAGGAGCCUGCGCCGACUCUGUACAAGCAAUUGGAGCAGAUGUCGAAGCGUUGGUGA